CAGCCCUCACUUUCUAAGAACUACUUGUGAAGGAUGGUCGCCCAAGUUACAAAUUCGUUGGUCAAAUGCAUCUUGGUACUGUUCGCUCUUGUUUCGGUUAUUACCAACAUUGUGUUAAUAUGCCUGAACUCUAGUAGGGUCCCUAAAUGCCAGACUUCCCAGCAAAUCUGGAAAUACCAACACAAUGACCACGGUUCGAUAUUUGCAGACCUGUCCGAGGAUGAAUACCAAAAAGUCCGGGACUAUAUGUGGGCACAGAAGAGUUUGGGAAUAUCACGCUCUGCCACAGCCAAACCCACGGAGAACUUUAUUUUUCUUAUCGAUUUAGUGCUCCCGAAGAAAGCUGAUGCGCUCCGUUAUUUGGAUGAAAAUGUCUCUAAGCCAGCGAGGGAAGCAUCAGUGGUGGUUUUCUACGGCUCCAAUGGGUACCUUAAGGAAUAUGUGGUGGGCCCUCUUGGAGGUGUGCUCACCCAUCGAGAUGUAACGAAGGAGAAAUACAAUCUGGCCGAGUUUAAAAUAACCGCUCGCCCCGUCACCAUUGGCGAAUAUAUGCAACUUUUUGAAUUCAUUUAUCGUCAGGUGUUUGCGCCAUUGGAGGGGAUACUGAAGGAAAGUUUCGACUACAGCGCUGAGAAGGCACUGAGUUUGUUUGAGGGAAUGCCCCGUGGGGUGAACUCGGGGGACAGAGAGACGUGGAUGUCAUUUUUUCGGGACAUGAGCGGGAUGUAUAUCCAUCCAGUUGGUUUCGAAGUGUUGAUAAACCACCAAAGCGUCAACUCAUCCCAGUGGUCUCUACAGAAAUUGCUUUACAAUGGUCAAUACUUUGAUACCAUUGAGGAAUUGAAAAACUCAUAUAAGAAUGACAAUGUAACUAAAAUAGUUUACAAGAAAAUUCCUAACUACGCCUCCUUAAAACCUCGCAGUAAACCGAUAGGUAUUGGCCCCCAGCAGUAUUACCCUCAAGGUAAACGCUUUAGUGUUAAGGAUAACCAGGUUAUGUACAUGGAUUGGGCUUUUGCGUUUGGACUGAGCUCUCUCACCGGCAUGCGAGUAUUUGAUAUAAAGUUUAGAGGAGAGAGAAUUGCAUAUGAACUCAGUGUUCAGGAGGCAAUGUCUGUCUAUGGGUCAGUAACACCUGGCAUGAUGCUCACCAAGUUCCUCGACUCCAGUAUUGGUAUUGGCCGGUUUGCGCAUGAGUUGGUGCGUGGAGUCGAUUGCCCGUAUGGAGCUACCUACGUAGACACGUACCGUUACAUCGACACGAAUCACACACAGCGGUUCAGAAAUUCAAUCUGUGUUUUUGAGCAUGACAUUGGCAGGCCAUUGCGCAGACACUUCUCUGACUUUUUUCAUAACAAAUACGGAGGUCUGGCAAACAGUGCUUUAGUGAUCAGAACCAUCACUGCCAUUGGGAAUUACGACUAUAUGUGGGACUUCAUAUUUUACCAGAGCGGAUCAGUUGAGGCCAGGGUGCAUGCCACAGGUUACAUAUCAUCAUCUUACAAAAUUGAUGGGAGUUUGCGAUUCGGCCACCAGGUUGCAGAAAACACUCUGGGGAAUAUCCACACUCACUUCAUUAACUUCAAAGUGGACCUAGAUAUCCUGGGUGUGAAGAAUGUCUUCCAGACUAAAGACAUGACUUAUGAAGAGGUGGAGCUGCCAUGGAAGCCAGAGAGGAAGGCCAAGGUCCCUCGGCUGGUGGAGAACCAGCUCAGCACCGAACAGGAGGCCGCUCUGCGCUACGGCCAGCCUAUGCCUCGCUAUCUACACGUGGCCAGCGACCGCACUAACCGCUGGGGUCACCAGCGCUCCUAUAGGAUCCAGGUGGUCAGUUUUGCCGGAGAACACCUUCCCGAGAGCGAGCCUGAAGAGAGGUCCAUGUCCUGGGCAAGAUACAAGGUGGCCAUCACCAAGCAUAAAGAUGAGGAGCAGACCAGUAGCAGCCUCUAUAGCCAGAAUGACAUAUGGUCGCCUGCGGUAGACUUUAGCAAAUUCAUCGCUGAUAAUGAGUCAAUCGUAAAUGAGGAUCUCGUUGCCUGGGUAACUGCAGGCUUCCUGCACAUUCCACACGCAGAGGACAUUCCCAACACAGUGAGCGUUGGCAACGGUGGCGGCGUGAUUUUGAGACCACACAACUAUUUUGACGAGGACCCGUCCAUCCACUCACCCGACGGGGUGUACUUCGAGCCAGGGUCCGAGAACAGCUGUGAGUACAACAAGAUGGCCUGCCUGAAAGAUGACAUGUGCACACCCACGCUGGAUCCAUUCACAUACCAUGGGUUUGAGGGUGUGAUGAAAUUUGAGUAAAGUUGAAUGAGUGUUUGUUUAUUUGUUUAAAAAAAGCUCAGGAUAUAAAAUCUGGACUAACCAAAUCAGAAACAUGAGUCAAAUGUGCAUCUGAAAUGCUCUGUACUGUAUGAGAUUUCAUUUUGAAGGACCUAACUCAAUAAUUAACAUGUGCCCGAGCAGCAAUGCUCUGAGUGAUUAUGUGAAGUUUGUAUGCAUUUGGUAUUGUUUUAGUCUGAUACUUAUUUUAAAGAAUAACAAAACUGCCUUUAUGUAGUUUAUGUAAAGAUAUGAGAGCAUUAGGACCAUAGAAGGUUCUCUUUUUUGUUAAUUUGUACCGUCUUACACAAUUGAUAACACCUACUGAUGUUAAUGGAUAUAGUAUUCCUGUUGAAUGGUUUUGAUAUGGUUUUAAAUAAAGCACAGACAUUUGUGAAA